CUUCGCGUAAUCGAAUCAGCGGUUUUUAAAAACAGUUUUUUUGAACUCGUCGACAUGGAUUAUUCGUACCUCAACCAGGCCACGGCCUUUGACUCGAGCUGCCUCCAGGCAUCCGCGAUGGACCCGUCUGGUCUUGGGAAUAUGCCGUGUUCUUACGGCGAUCUGACGUCCUGCAGCCAAAUGUCUCAGGCUGCGUAUCGGUACACGGCCGCCGCGGCCUCCAUGGCCAGGAGUUACAACCCGGCAGGAUCUGCAGGUGCCAUGGGGGUGCACCAUCCGUCGGCGGGAUCUCAGUGCGCCGUGAUGGGGACCAGGCCUCAUGUCCAAGACGUCCACAGGGCUUCGAUGUUCCCGGCUACGAUGAACUUGCAAAGUGGACUACCUUACAAAGUGUAUCCUGGCCAUGAUGGUGUCCUUACUGAAAAGAGAAAACAGAGGCGCAUAAGAACGACUUUUACCUCUGCCCAAUUGAAGGAACUCGAGAGAGCUUUUCAAGAAACACACUAUCCAGAUAUUUAUACAAGGGAAGAGAUAGCGAUGAAAAUUGAUCUUACGGAAGCCAGAGUCCAGGUCUGGUUCCAAAACAGACGCGCGAAAUUCCGGAAGCAAGAAAGGCUGGCACAGCAGAAGACAACGAAUGGAUCCAGCGAGAAUUCCAGCCCAACUUCGAACUCCAUAAAGGCAGAAAAUAAUUCCAGUUCGAAAAGCUCAAAUAACCUAAACAAUUCGAAGGAAAUCAAACCGGGAUCUCCACAUUCCGGAAUGUCGACAACGCCAAACUCCAACACGAGCUCAGUCUCCAGCCAAAAUUCAACGAAUGGCGUCGACAUCAAACCAAUGAACGGAAAUGGUAAACUCCCAGACGAUCUAAUCUCAAACAACAACAAAUGGUCAUCGAUGACGUCGCAAACCUGCAACACCGCUCUUUUGGUUCACCAAGCGAACAAAGUUCUGUCCUCGCAAAGUAGUCACCUCCAACCUCAUCAUGGAAGCCACCACGCAGCAGCUGCAGCAGCAGCAGCUCUGUCUUCACCUUUCACCUCGUUGCUAGGCGCUGGAAGCGGUGCUGCAUCCUACCUUCUGGGUGAUCAUUUAAAGGCCACUCAAACUGCGAAUCAUUUGUUUUAAAUUCGUUUUAGAACAUAUUACGUCCCUCGUUUUUUCGUGAACAGUGAAAUAAAACUGCAUAGGGUAAAUAUACAGGGUGUCCGGAAUCUAAUUUUGACCUAUUGUGAUAUAACGUUUAAAUAUCAACACCUAUGAAUUUUGAGAAGUAAGGAAAUGUUUGUUGAUAUUGCUACAAGGUAAUUGAAUGUAAGAAUUAUAAAUAAUCAUCAUCUAUAUGGUUUUGGGAUAUAUUUUGGACAUAAAGUAAUGAAGCAUGACAAAUUAAGAAAUGAAUUCAAGAUGUAGAUAUCAUAUUAUGCGCCCAAUUAUAUAGAAAUUAUUAUUAAUUGAAUCUGUCAUACUUCUAUACCAUCUUCUCGUGGAAAUCACAUUUAAAAAUAAAUAAAUCCGUUCAUAUUUUAUAUUUAUAAUAAUAAGGUAUAUCACACAUUUCCAAAUUUCGAAGUCUGAUACUGCUAUUUAGCAGAUGUUUCUGGACAACCUGUAAGUGUAUGUAAAGAACAAUUUGUCCAUAUUGAAAUUUUCUCAUUUUUCAACAGAGCAACCAAAAGUUCACGCGGUUCCAUCAAAAUGUAAAGGUGAAAUUAUUUUAAUAUGAAUCCGUCUUGUAAAUUGUGAGAAAUUGUUUAUUCAGUUCAAUAUGUGAUGAAUUUGAAUUUUUAUAAAUGAACUGUUCAUUGUAUAUAAGAAGUAGAAAUAGUCAAUACGAAAAUUGAUGUUUUGUAAGAAAUUUUGACACUAUUGCAUUUUCGACGUCCAUUUUUUUCGAAUGUAUAUUAUGAAUCAGAAUCUCGUGUAUAUUAAGAAUUAGUGGAAUCAAUUCCAAAUCAGAAGAGUAUUAUUAUAUAUGGCAGGUAAUCUAUCUGUAAUACCUGUCUUCACUAAAAAUCCUAAGAAAUUUGUUCCCUUGCAGAGUGUAAGAUGAAAAAACCAAUAUGCAAGACUUUAAACGGUAGUACCCAGACUAUAAAUCUCAC